AUGGAGUCGCGACACGACUACGAGGCAGUGAACUGCCUGAUAUCUCUCACCAAGAGCCGAAGUGUAGAGAUGGAUCUCAAAAUAGUAAAAAAAAUACACAAGCUAAUCAGGAAAAACAAAAUAAAUUCCAACUUAAACCUUUUCGAUGUGACAGAAAAUGUAUUCGCCAGCAUAGCUUCCAUCAUAUGUAACAAGGUGAGGAUAGCUAUUUACCUUUUAAGAAGCAAGAAAGAUGGCUCAUCUGUUGAGCAGCUUCCUCUAAAUGAGGCUACCUGUGGGAAGAGCCCCCUCAUUGACUACAUAAGAGGCUAUGACAUGUGUAGCAGUGAGAGGUGCCGCUUAACCAUUGAGUACUAUGUAAAGUCGCUCUCUGCUUGCUUCACGAAAAUGGACAGAGGGGAUAGACAAACCUUCUUCGCCAACCUGAAUAACCUUUCCAUGUUGCUCACAAUCGAUUUAAAAGAAGCUGACAGCUGCAGCGAGUCCUUCCAAGUGGCUGUGCUCAAGUACGCCAAGAAUCUGUUCCUGCGAGUUUACCCUCAUGAUAUGUUCAAAUACCUCGACGAAAGUGACAUAACCAAUGCGCAACAGGCGGUAGGUAAUUCUACACACCAUCCAUAUGGGAAACACAAAUCGGAGGAAAAGAAAAAAGACCUCGACGCAUUCUUCUGCCUCACGAAGGUCAUCCAAACUGUUUUGCAAAAUAUAAUUAAAAAAAAAAAAAUUAAAUUAAAAAAUCUCAAGUUGCUAUUUAUCAUCCUGAAGAAGAUUAACAAGAAUGUCCACACUUUGAAAAAAUGGUUUGGAGCCAUCAGCUUAAAUUUGUUCCUCCUUUAUCGAACUUGCCAUGUGAAGGAUAUUCAAAAGUUGAUUCGCUACUUUGCCUUGAGUAAGCAGGGGGGGCACCCCCACGGGGCAGCAGGCCCCCCGGGGAAGGCCCAAUUGGGCGAACUGGUAGGCGAAGCGGGAGACGAAGCGGGAUACGAAGCGGGGGACAAAGCGGGAAAGGAAGCUGAAGACGAAGCGGGAAACGAAGCUGCAAACGAAGCUGCAAACGAAGCUGAAGACGAAGCGGGUCACACCAGACCGUACAACACACCCAUAGACCAACCGAGCGAAGAAAAAACGAUCAUCGCGAACGUCUACUUCAUCUGCUACUACAUGCUCACAAACUAUGGCGACGAGAUUGUCGAAGAGAUUUCCCACCUGUGCAGAAUCAUAAUCAAGUAUUGGUACCUCCUUCACAAGAACUUGGUUCUCAUGGGUUACUUUGUCCUUUUGUCUGAACUUUUUUCUGAGGGAGGCGAUUCCUUUGCGGCUCGGUUAGAGCUCCUCCUGGGCAGUAGGCGCUUCGCCGAGCUUUUGGACGCUCCACGUAACGAUCCGGAAGCAAAUUGCACUCUGGAACGGUUAAAUAAAAAUAUUGGUACUUACUACUUUAGGCACCUCUACAACGUCUUUAUGUUAAGAAGGCAAGACGAAGUAUACCUUCUGCGGUUUCUGAAGGGUUACCUAUUCUUCCAUUUUUUUAAUAGCCACACAGAUGAAGUGCCAGUUGUUAGGGAACACCUUUCUGUAAAUUAUUUUCUCUCUCUCUAUGAGACGUCUAAUGUGGCUUGUGUGAAUAGAGGGACUUAUCACCCUCAGCGUGAUUCCUCCACCAUACUCAGUGAGGACAACUCGUUAUAUUCGCUAAACGUGUAUGAACAGCUACAGGUAGAUGAUCGGGGGAGCUAUUGCUCAGGUGACAAGUCAAGCUGGACUCAAACCAGAUUUUCUCAUUUUCGUAACAUUAAGGAUGGUUUGAAGUUGCAAGACGUGGGACUCAUCGGAGACGUUAGCAUCCUUUUCUUCCUCCUCACGAACGAAAGCGAAUUGGAGAACCACCUGAACGAAGUCUUGUUCAGCACGUGGGACAACUGCAGAGAGGGUACUGGGAGGAGGAUAAAAAAUGAAGAGCUCGUUUUAACGAAAAAGUGGUGGAAGGAGAUCCAUCACUUCACCAACUCGAUCGAUUGGGCGAAGCAAAGGAAAUUAGAAGAGCAGGGAAUAUGUAGCAUACCUCAAACAGACUCGACAAAGGAUUUGACCCCCACGGGGGAUGCACACAGGAAAGGAGAGGAAGAACACACCCUUAAGCGAAAAUGCAAGUGCCUUCAUUUUAUCAAUUUUUAUAUGGACGCUCUCAUAGUGAUGCUCUGCACAAAUGCGAGAGUUCAGUUGGAAGGAGAAAACAAAACGGAGACAACCUCAGUUAUGACUCACAUCCAACGGAUGAACACUACGAAGAAACAACCCGUUUCUGAACAGGCCCUCCAGAACGACCUGGUCAAAGACGUCCUGCAAGAAUAUGCGAGCCUUUAUAAAAGCUACUUUCAUUUGGCUCUUCAAAUAAAAUGGUCGCAGGGGACACCUAACUUGAGGAUGACUAUCGAAAAGGUGUUCUUAUUCCUGACGUCCAAAAGGGUGAAAAAGGCGCACCAUGUGGACGUGGCGGGUGAAGGAGGUCAUAAGAAAGGGGCGGAUGAGGUGGACCUACGGCAGUACUACCUAUCCCUUCUGCUAAUAUGCAUGAACAAAUGCUUCUGCGUGUCAUCCCUGUGUGGGUAUCAAGAUUUGAUGGAAAAAUAUUUAUGUAAAGAUUUUGUUUUUUUUGUUAAACGUGAGUAAAUGGUGGGAGGGGUUCCAAGGGGGGGAGCAAUCCACCAGGACACAGCCGAUGUGGCCGAUGUCGAUGUCACCCAUGUCGAUGUCGCCCAUGUCACCGCUGUCUCCGCUAACUCCGACGAGAUGGCCAAUCGGGAUCCCCCCCAGGUGGACCGCAUGGAGGACGUCCUAAACCAGAACAGCGAAGCUAUAUCGGCCUACGUGUACAAAAAAAUAAUCAACAUGGAUUCAGUUCACAGCUUCAGAAAAAUUUCCACUCUGACGCAGUUCCUCGUGACGCACCACUAUUGCCAUGUUUAUCUGUUCAAAGAUAUUUGCAUGCACAUAAUAAAGUACGCAAGGAGGAUGGAGUUCCUUUAUUUUGGUCGACAGAGGAAGGAGGAAAUGGCGGUGCUCAUAUUGACUGUUUUUAAUUAUGUCCUUUACUUGUUUUAUGAGCAUAUUAGUCAGAAGCGAGUGGAGCUGUGUGUGCGGGGGAACUACGUGGCGCAGGUCAAGAGUCGGCUCCUGCACGGGGACACGCGCGUGAAUUUUGGUCACCUGAAGGGGGCAGUUGGGAGCAGCGGCGGAGGCGACCUGUUCAACGUGGUUCACAUAGACAGUAUAAGAAGUGAAGAAGCCAAGACGGACUGCUUUAAAAAGAUGGAAGAAGACAUGAAAAAUAUUAUGAACAAGGCAAGGGAAAAUAUUCCGUGUGAGAGGCUUGUCAAUAUUUUUGUGGACGAUGACUUCUGCGACUUGUAUGACGAAGAAGAGGGGAGGAACAGCAGCGCAGGGAGGAACAGCAGCGCAGGGAGGAACAGCAGCGCAGGGAGGAACCCUGGCGGUGGCGCUACAAAGGACCUUAAAGACAACAGCUACAUCAGUGGAAGGAAGUACCGCCAAGAGGUUCACUACCCCGACAUCAGGCACACAGCAGAUCAUAUUUUCCACUUUGCGAAGAAGUAUCUCUGUCAUGAGGACGUAUACGUGCGAUUCAGUGCCCACCUCUGCGUUCUACGAUGCCUCUUCAUUUUUUCAACGCGACUGUAUGAGCUGUACCCAAAGAUAUACCAACUGUGGGGGUACGUAAAAAUCAACUUCAGAAAAAACGAGUACAUGAACGACAUAGUCCUUUUGAACAUAAUUAAUUACGUGGCAACCAUCGAUGAUAAAUUCUCCCCAAAUCUCAUUCUCAGCGACAUCAUACCGGAGCUUUUCCGCAAAAUGGAGAAGCUCGAAAUGGGAAAGGAGAUGCCCAAGCAGAGCUUCGAGUACAGGUUCCUCCUCAACGCAAUGCUACUCCUCGUGAACGUGUCGAAGGAGGAAAGCUGCUUCGAACACAUUCACCCCUUUGUCACCCAUUUUUGCCUAAAGUGUCUGCGCGAAGGAGUGGACGAACAGAUUAAGAGGCUAGCUCUAAGCAUUAUUUGCAACUUCUUCCUUACUGAUAUUCCAAAGGUCUAA